AUGCAGCAAAUACUUGGCAGGACGAGUGCUCUCAAGGGGCAGCUCCGCCGAAAGGAUGAGGAGAUCGAGGCGGUAAAGAGGGCCGCAGCUGAGUGCGAGCGCCGGGGCAAGGCCAAGGCGGCGGAGGCCGCUGCGGAUUCUUCAAAGAAGGAGGAUCAAAAUAGCGUGUUCCAGGAGACCAAGUGGAAGGGUACUAAGGCACGUGAUGUUAACGGUUAUAACCUGUGGUACUCCGGAGAUGCUGGGGGCAAGAAUGGGGUCGGUAUAUUAGUCGACAUGGAACUUAGGGAGCUAGUGGUCGAGGUUAGGAGGGUAAGCUAUAGGGUGAUGGAGGUUAAGCUUGUGGUUGGGGGGCUCAAUUUUAAUGUGAUUAGUGCUUAUGCUCCUCAAAUAGGUUUGGGCGAGAAGGUCAAGAGGCAAUUCUGGGAGGACUUGGACGAGGUGGUGCGUGGUAUUCCGUGCACCGAGAUGAUUUUCAUUGGAGGGGAUUUCAAUGGCCAUAUCGGGGCUAAUGUCGGGGGUUACGAUGAUGUGCAUGGAGGGUUCAGUUUUGGAGAUAGGAACGAGGCAGGUACUUUGCCGUUAGAUUUCGCUAGAGCUUUUGAUUUGGUGGUAGUUAACUCGAGUUUUCCAAAGAGAGAGGAGCACCUGAUCACUUUCCGGAGUACGAUGGCCAGGACCCAGAUAGACUCCUAG